AUGAUGCUAACAAGAUUACUAUGGUUUACAUUAGGUUUAAAUUGAGCUUUAGCUACAAUGACCCACUUCAUAUUUAGAGAUCUAUGGGCUGAUCGACUCUCUCUUUCUUCCCAAUUGGAGGAGAAAUUCGGCGUCUUGGGGACUAGGGUUUCUGGUCUUGAAUCAAUUGUUCAUGAUUUUCCCAAUACUGAUCAACAGCGCCGAGCAACUUUCGCUCUCCCUCUUGCCACCAUCAGAGCACCAGAGAAGGUAGUCUGCUACCAUUGCCGCCACCCUGGUAGAGCAACAACAAAUGCUCCAGUUGUGGAUGAGGAGAAGACAUAA